AUGACUUUCCAGGACCCGUACGAACCCUGUGUAUUAGAUGCUCAAAUUAAUCAAAUUUCGAUCCACUUUAGGAUUUUGUACGAAGAUGUCUCGACGGUCUCAUACAGCGCACAUAAUUUCACAGUGGUGUAUGGCUCUGGCGUUAAUGCAACCACCAGGGUUAUUUUUAAGCUCAAAAGUGAACUGAUGGCUGUCUCAUUGUUUCGUUCCUUUACUGAAUUCCACACUUUCUUUAACUGCAAUACGGUAAAGAAAUCUGUGAUUGAUCAAACGACACGAACGACGUUUGGAAAAUUUGUUACAAUAUUCCAGCCUCAUUCCACAAUUGGUGAAAUGUAUUUGUUUGAUAUCUUACGCACACGAAGGCAGGCAUAUACCCGUGCUUGGAGCAUACUUAACGAACAAUUAAAUAUCAACAAAAGACGGCAUCAACCACAACAAGAUGGUUCGGAAAACACUGACUUUCGUCCGGUGCAAUCACCCCUAGCUAACCGACGUUCUGGAACCAAUGAUGAUAUCGUUAUUGACAUUACGAAAACCCCACGAGGGAAAUUCAAAACACAUGAGAACCUUAACGAACUUUCCAACGAGGAGAUGAAGAGGAUCGUUAGAGAUCUUGAAGAUUCCCGUAUCUGUCAAGUCUGUAUGGACGAAGAGGUUGCGACCGCAUUCUGUCCUUGCGGACAUGUUGUUUGCUGUACAGAGUGUUCCAUCAUGUGCCGAGAGUGUCCAAUUUGUCGAAGUCAGAUCACAUAUGCACAGAGAGUGUUUUUCUCUUGUGAUUAA